AUGGCGACCCAUUUCUUCUCCCGAUCUCUUCCCAAAACCCUAGCCAUGAGCUCCUUCCUCUCUCGCUCUCUAUCCACAGCCACCUCCGCUGCUUCCCUAUCCACUGCCCAAUCUCGCUCUUCUCUCUCUCUGUUCCACCGCCUUCGUCCCCUCGCUGGAUUCGUCGCCUCCCCCGGUAAGCUCUCUCCUGCGUCCAUCCGGUGCUUCUCGACCAACUCGACGACGUCGUCGCUUAGAGAUCCAAACCCUAACUGGUCGAACCGGCCUCCCAAGGAGACGAUCCUCCUCGAUGGGUGUGACUUUGAGCACUGGCUGGUCGUCAUGGAUCCGCCUGAGGGUGAUAUCACCAGGGAUGAUAUCAUCGAUAGCUACAUCAAGACCCUAGCUGCGGUCGUCGGAAGCUCCCUCCUGUACUUUGCCUCCACUCUAUCUUCUCCUCCAUUACCUUCCAAAGGGCUCAAAGGAGGUAUCUCUCCCUUUUCACUUACAAAUCUCACCCAUCUAACCCACUUGAAUCUUUCCCACAAUUCACUAUAUGCUUCACUUGAAACUCAAUUCUUCUUUUCUUUGAAUCAACUCGAGAUCCUUGAUUUGAGCUAUAACCGUCUUUUUGGAGAGCUACCACUUUCUCUACCAUCUAGCAAUAUCCGGACAGUUGAUUUGUCCAGCAAUCACUUCAUUGGUGCAAUUCCAUCUUCAUUCUUCCAACAAGCAAGCAACUUAACUAGUUUCAAUGUUAGCAACAAUAGCUUCACAGGGUAUGUCCCAUCCUCUAUUUGUCUCCAACAUUCUUCUCCCUUCCUUAGGCUAUUGGAUUUUUCUUCCAAUCUAUUUAAUGGCGACCUUGCUCCUGGGUUAGGGAAGUGUUCUGAACUGCAAGUUUUUCGUGCCAAUCACAAUAACCUCUCAGGAUUUCUUCCUGAAGAUAUCUAUAAUGCUACCAAACUUGAAGAAAUUGCAUUAGCUCUCAAUUCACUACAUGGAGCCAUUAGUGAUAAAAUUGUCAACCUCACCAACCUUGCCAUCCUUGACCUUUCCUUUAAUGAUUUUGGCGGCGAGCUUCCUCUCAAUUUGGGGAAGCUCUCCAAAUUGAAGUUUGUGACCUUAGAUUUCAACAAUUUAGAAGGUUCGUUGCCCCCAUCUUUGAUGAAUUGUACAAACCUUGUAGAACUGCGUUUGGGAAACAACAACUUGGAAGGAGAUAUCUCUGUGCUUGAUUUCUCAAGACUGAGUCAACUUACUAAACUUGACCUAAGGAUCAAUAACUUCACAGGUACAGUUCCAGUAAGCCUUUACUCAUGUAGGUUCCUAAAAGCCAUUCGGUUGGCUGAAAAUCAUCUAGAGGGACAAAUACAAGCUGAGAUACUUUCAUUAAAAUUCUUGUCCUUGCUCUCGUUUGGUUACAAUCGAUUCACCAACCUCACAGGGGCAAUGAAGAUAUUGAUGAGUUGCAAAAGUCUUCACACACUUUGUCUUAGCGGUUCCUUUGUGGGUGAGGGAAUGCCAUCUGAUGAUGACAUGGUUGAUUUUGAUGGAUUCCAAAAUCUUCGGGUCUUGGGUUUGGUUCGUUCUAACCUCACUGGUCAAAUACCUUUUUGGUUAUCAAAGCUCAAGAAUUUAGAGAUCUUGGCUAUGGGUUUUAAUCAAAUUACAGGGCCGAUUCCAAGUUGGUUGGGGACUCUUCCUAGACUAUUUUAUAUAAGCUUGUCACACAACCAAAUUUCAGGUAAAUUUCCACAACAACUUUGUCGACUACCAAGGUUGCUUCAUGAACCAAUUGCAUCUCAAGGAGAGAAUUAUGAAUUUGAACUUCCUGUUUUCAGUGCCAAUUGCUUCAGAAUAAUCGCAAAUCAAAAUUUCCUAUCGCAAAAAUUGGAUUUUAUUCCAGCAACGAUAGACUUAUCUACGAAUAACAUUGUUGGUGAUAUACCCACUGAUAUCAGCCAAUUGCAGCUUCUCCACACGUUGGGUCUUGACUCCAACAACUUCUCCGGCGUCAUUCCAGACCAAAUAUCUAACCUAAGAAAUUUAGAGGUUUUGAACCUCUCCAUGAAUCACUUGUCUGGAAUAAUCCCAUCGUCAUUG